UCAUCGCAUCGCUUUUAUUAACUCGCUUCAAUUAAUUUCCGUUACUUACUUGAUUUGCGUUGUUUUUUGAUCCAUUAUGAUAUAGGAAUGAUUCUGUAGUUUAAAUAUCAACAAUCGCACUUUAUUCACUUAGGUUCAUUGGAUUUCUGUGUGAUAUAAGAAAAUGUGAGUGGUGGAAGAUGAAAAAGGAAGCGAAAAUUGAUGGACGAACUUUCGAUAGUUGUUUUUCUUUGGUAUUGUCAUAAGAAAGUGUGAUUGAGGGGAUUUUUGGCGUGGUUUUUUUUUUCUUUUUUUUCCCCUUGAUCAUUAGUUGUAUCUGUCACUAUUUUUUCAGUGAACUCAAUUCCGUUCCUGUUAAAUAAUCAAUAGCACGGUGCCAAAAUUCUGAAGACUGCUUGAUAAUCGAGAGAAAACGGAUUAGUUUUUGAGUUGUUUUGUUGAAGGAAUCUGGUCUAUCUCCCUGUGGUGCACACUGAAAUUGGGGAAUAACACUCUUCUUCUUAUCACGGGAUUCUGGGUGUCCGGACUGUGAAGUAAUGGCCUGCACUGCAUAAUCUAAUGAUUAGCUUUGGAGGAGAUUUUGAAUUUGGAUUCAAUAAAUCUGGUUACAGCUUCGGGAAAGUCAUUGGCAUGUAGUUUUGCAAGAAAGGUAGCAGUACUGGUGGGUUCAAUGGCUUUGCUAUACGAGUUUCUGAAUAUCACAAUAUUAUUUAUCACGUGGCCUUUCUCGUUUUUCAUAAGUACAUGCUCAUUAAUCUUGAAAACCUUUGUUGUUGUCGUUCAAACUUGGUUGGAGCUGUUGAAAACCUCGGUCAGUCUUCACUUGAAUAUAUUGUGGACAACUUUGAUGUGGAUAAUUGCGUUUGUCUCCCUUCCUGGACGAAUUUUAGCUGCUUUAAAGAGGGAAAGGCAGUUGCAAAAAAAUUUGCAAUUUCUGGCAAUUGAGUUCGACAAUGUUUUGUGGGAAAGAAAGGAGCUUCAAAAACAAUUCCAGACUGCUAUGAAAGAGCAGAAGAUGAUGGAGUUAAUGUUAGACGAACUUGAAAUGAUACAUGAAAAGGCGACCAACAAGAUUGCACUCUUAGAAAGUGAGGUUCAGAAAUUGAGAAAUGAAAAUCUUCGACUACAAGAAAUCAAGGGUAAGGCAUAUUGGAGCUUAAAAGGUAUUGAUGUCAAAAGUGAAGCACAAAAAACUGGCAGAGUUGGCAGCGACAUUACCUACGGUAUCUCAUCAUGCUCAUCCAGCUAUAGUGACAGCAGCCUUGUUCAAGACCUCUCUCGAAGUGAUGCUUUGAAAGACGAAGAUGAAGAUAUCACUGAAAUUCUUGAUGAACAAAGGGAGGUUGCAGUUCACCGAAGUCUAUUCAGUACCCUAUUGUCGCUUUUGGUUGGAGUGAUUAUAUGGAAAGCUGAAGAGCCUCACUUGUGCCUCGUAGUGGCUCUCAUGUUUGUGGUUAGCAUCUCAUUGAAGAGCGUAGUUGAGUUCUUCACCACUAUUAAGAAUAAACCUGCUUUGGAUGCUGUUGCUCUUUUGAGCUUCAACUGGUUUGUGCUUGGAAUACUGGCUUAUCCAACACUGCCAAAUAUGGCUCGUGUGCUUGCCCCUCUGGCCUCAAGGGUUGUCUGAAAGAACGAACGUGGAAUGGUUCGGUUUCUCCAUAUCCUGAUUCGCUCAGAACUACUUGGCCUGGAAAGUUGAGAGGUACAUCACCUAAUACCACUAGACAGACGUUAGAUCAUAAAACUUUAUCUUCCAGUCGUGAAUUCCCGUAGCAUGUUAUAUCAUCACGUUUGAGAAAUUUUGAUGCUUGAAGAUGAGGAUGCAAUAGUGUUUUAUAUAUAUAAACAUGGAUGCAAGUAGUGUUUAUAACUUGUAAAUGUUUCAAGACUUUCUACUUGAAUCUAACUUAUUGGUUCUCUUCUUGUAUGACUAUGAUUGGUCUGUUCUCAUGUCUUUCCAAGCUUAAUGAACAGCUAGCAACUGAUUGAGUUGCAAUGUCGGAAGUCCACAAUUAUGAGUCAUCAUAUUUGGGGACUUUUAUGAUGUUAACCAAGUAUUGCGAACUAUCACUGGAUCAACCCGACCCGUGGGUCUCUGAUGUUUGGGGUCCUAGUAGAAGGCACAUCAAAAAGAAGAAGAAAAACGAAACAAGUAUUUGUUCGAUGUGUUGACUGCCUUAGCUCAAAGGCGUUGGAGUUUUUAGGUAAGUUAUAAUCUCUCUACUCUAAUUCGUGUCAUAUGGUUUUGUCAAAACAAAACCAUUGUUCGGUAUAUAUCAAUUAGACCAUUGUUCAGUAUAUAUCUAACACCCUAAUUCAUGUCUAAUUCUUGUUGGACACUUAAAACAUUAUACAUAUGCAUUUUAUUCAAAAUACAUAUCAAUUAGACCAUUGUUCA